CUGUGAAGGAGUUUCUGAAACUCUUUUGUAACCACUCACCCACCAUCAGGAAACAAGAGAAAUACAGGUUGAUGCUGCUCAUGCUGAACUGGGCAAAAUGGACAAAAGGAGUAACUGCUAACAUGGAUUAUUUUUAGAACUGCAGUUUGACAAUUCUUGGGUGUGAAUUGUGUUGAGUUUUUAUUUUUAUUUUUUCGAUCUGGAUUGGGUUGAUAGAUGUUUCACAUUGGACGCUAUGCUGGAGGAUUGAAGGCCGUGGGCUUUCUACACCGCGGUGGAGACAUAUAAUCAGCGCAGAAAGUGGACAAUGUUGAGAAAACCCAGGAAAACAUCAUCAUCGCUCCCUCACAGAGAAAUGUCUCUCUCACACUGCCACCCUGGAUGCUUUCGUCACAACAUCAGGCUCUUGGAGACGAGGGCGACUCACUAGAUUUCCCUGUGAGGGGACAACAGAUUAAGAUGUCUGACCUCAGCCAAGUUGCUGUAUACUCAGACUCCUCAGAUAUUUAUAAGAAUGUUUUCUGCAACCCUGCCUUUGAGCUGGAGGGGGAGCGAGAGGAGCGGGUGGAGGGCUUCAGGACGUCCUCGUCCACCCCUGAACCAAUCAAACCACCAGCAGCUAGCCCGGGCUGGGGUCUGCUUGGAGUGUGUGUAAUGCGUCUGCGUGCUCCAGGUUGUGGCUGGGGGGUGGUGGUGGUCUCUGCUGCUGCUCUGCUCCUGUUGACCGCCCUCGGACUGGCGCUGGCACUCAUUCUUACACAGAUAAAAGGUCAAGCAGUGGAGGAUCAGCUGUCGUCCACCAGCCCUUCAGACCUAUUGAGAACAGCAGAGGGUGAUUCCCAUACUUUACCCACAAGCCCAUUCAACAGAAGUCAAUGGGACAGUACAGCAGAACCACAAACUACAAGGAUCCCCUUGUCUGAAACACGUUGUGGGGGUGUACUGACAGACUCAGAGGGCAGUUUCAGUUCCCCAAACCACCCCGGCCCCUACCCGCCCAACUCCCUGUGUGUGUGGGUGAUCCGAGUCCCGCCCCCCUCUCUGGUUCAGAUCCACGUUUCCUCUUUGGCCGUGGAGGGGCCCUCUCCCUGUCUGUUUGACUGGCUGGAGGUGCAGGAGCAGACAGAGCAGAGCUCUGUGGUCACCAGGUUCUGUGGUAACGUAGCACCACCGACAGUCAACACAAACAGCAGCACAGUGUGGGUCACCUUCCGCUCCGACAGCAGCAUCACCGGGGCCGGCUUCACGGCUCAGUACAGGGCCCUGCAGCCUGGACACAAGAGCUGCUCCAGAGAAGAGUUUAUGUGUGACAGUGGACGCUGUCUGCUGCCCGUGUCUGUGUGUGACGGUCAUCCAAACUGCCACGACCAAACAGAUGAGGAAAACUGCAGCCAUAAACACAAGGAAUGUGGCGGGCAGCAGUCAGGUCCUCACGGUCACCUGUCAAGUCCAAACCACCCAAAACCUUAUCCUCACCAGCAGUUGUGUAUUUGGUAUAUAUCCGCUGAGGAGGGCCACGUCAUCACACUGAGUUUCAGGAACUUCAGCCUGGAGACUCAGGACGUGUGUGAGUUUGACUACGUGGAGGUGCACGAUAGCGUCGACACCGGAGCUGGAAGAGUCCUGGGAAGGUUUUGUGGCACCACCUUCCCAGCUGACCUGACCUCCUCGGGCCCCCACAUGACUGUGGUGUUCGUGGCUGAUGAGGGAGUGGCAGACAGCGGCUUCAACGCAACGUACCAGUCUGUGUCUGUACUGGACAGGACAUGUGCUCCCAGCCAGUUUGCCUGCAGUACAGGGGAGUGCCUCCAGCCGCAGUGGCUGUGUGAUGGAUGGAACGACUGCCCUGACGGAGCAGAUGAACAGGGAUGUGGAAACUCCACCUACCCUCCCUUCACUUCAUCAUGUGAGGUAAUAGAGGUGGAGAUGUGUCGGGGCCUCAGCUACAACCUCACCUCGUUCCCAAACAUCUGGCUUUCUAUUGCUGACCAGAGAGAAGCUGCCACAGUCCUGCGACAGUACCGGGUGCUUAUGGAGCUGGCCUGCUUUGAGCCCCUGCAGAGGCUGGUUUGUGGGAUGUUUCUGCCCCAGUGCAGCCCCCAGGGUGGCGUCCUGCAGCCCUGCCGCUCAGUUUGCUCCUUAGCUGAGCAGCAGUGCAGCCAGGCCCUGGAACUCUUCUCCUUCAGCUGGCCCUUCAACUGCCACCUCCUGCCCGACUCACAGGACCCUUUGGAGUGCUCGCUGCCUUGAUGCUCAUCUCAGCUCUUGUAGAGUUUUUCUGAAAAACCUUUCACCGCAUUGUGUAAGGACCAAUUUGCAUGUUCCAAAAUGCAUUUUUACACAACUGGAAACUUUUCUUCUGGAUUCAGAUCAGCUGUACCACAGCAUUCAAGUGUGUUGCAAAAAUGAGAUGCAUCAUGACUGCAAACCUCACUGCACACUCCUGCCUAUAAAGCAUUUAUGGUACAUAGAGAAAAAGGUGACACAGUAGCCAUUUUAUAAAAAAAAAAACCUUAAUGUACCUUGAUGAUAUGUCUAUCGUGUCUUUGUUUGAUUUACUGAUAGAAAAAUCUAACUGUUAGAAACUAUCUUUUUGCACUAUUUAUUGCGUUGACGUGAUGUACAGUAAAUCAUGUAAAACAUAUGAGGCCAAUGAAGGAAGAUUGAAUACAGAAUACACAAUA